AUGUCGACAACAACGAACUCGGGCGCUAGAGUUGAUUUGGGCAAGCUCUCGCACAGGCUUACGAAGAAUGGGCAGGUUACGUCUCCUGGGGUUAGCCUGGCGUCGAAGCGCAGGGUUGAGGAGCUGUUGUUGAAGGAUGCAGAAGAGCAUCAUUGUUAUUUUAGGGGCUCGGGGUUCCAUAACCAUCUCAGUCACCAUUUGUUAGCGGCUUAUGAUUUGGGCGCGACUGCAGAACACUUGCAGAAGAUGUAUGACGUUGAAGCGAAGAGUCAGAGACCGGUUUUUGUGGAGGAGAAGGAUAAGGAGAUUGUGGUGGAUGAUGGGAAUUGGGUGCAGUAUUUAGGGAAUCAGUCAGCGUACGGAGCUUUCGUAACUUUCUUUGCGGAGAAGAUUGAGAAGAAAGGUGUUGCGGCUACGCUCGAAGAGUAUGUCUUUACGAAGGAGGCGAAUACGAGUGAGAAGGUUAUGUUGGUUCGACUUGUCAGUGGAGCUGUUCACCCAUUCAUCCAAGUUGGGUAUGCUUUGGAGUUUGGGAACGAGGCAAUGGUCGCUCCUGCUCUCGCGCAGACAGCUGUACACAAUCCCAUGGGCCCUCAACUGUACGACUUCCACCAGCGGGGUACCUCCGACACGGCUGCAUCCGCGGACCAGCUCUCGAUUUUCGAACUCAUAGCUGAAGUCUAUGCGGCACCUGAGCUUAAACCAGGGCCGUAUGAGCCCGACGCACUGCACAACGCGAGGCUGAGGGGGAUUCUGGCGAAAGAAGAGGUGGUGAAGAAGGUUCGGGAGUUGUGUGCCCGAUUCGCCCUUCCCUCGUCCUCGGCAUCCAACAAUUUUGACGCCCAAGUCGACUCGACCAUCCACGAUCUCAUACUGGCCGCCACACUCCUCACAUUUGCCGUGUCGAAACCCAACAGACCGCCCCGACUCGACUUCUUCUUGAUGCAUUUGGUCACGUCGAGUUUAUUUUUGAAGCCGAUUAAAGGUGCCUUGAGGAAGGAGGAGGAUAAGCUGAACUUGCUGCGGGCGUUUGUGCCGACGAUGGUUUUGCUCAUGUUGAGUAGGGGUCGCCCGAGGAUUGAUGUUGGGGUUUUGGAGGGAUAUACGGCCGUUCCGAGGCCACCCGUAGCGGGUAAAGGGGAGGUGAAGCUGAGCAAGGAGGCGAUUGGAAGCCCCGAGGAAGAUGGGGAUUAUAAUCCAUGGCAUGCGAUGCAUGCCGAUGUGCUAUAUCAUCCUGACAUGCAUCUCAUCAAGACGUUCAGGACGCUCAUUUUUGCCAACAGGGAGUAUGGGGGAGGGGGACCUGUCAAGCUUCCUGGUAGCUUCAGGAUCACACCAUCCCCCAACUUGUCAUCACACACCGGUUCGUCGAUGGAAGGAAGGGUUACCGUUGAUGAUACGGUCUACACUCGCGCGGCUGGCGUGCUGAUGGACUAUAUGGGAUGGGUUACGCAUGGGCAGGAUCCGAGGGAGGACUGGGAUCGGAGUGCGUUGGGAUGGGAUGAGGCGUGGAAGGAGGAUUAG